UCAAUAGUAUUGUGCCUUUUAAUAAUGAAGAAAAUUAUGUCUUUAGUAUUGAAGGCAGUACUGAUCCUGUCAGUGUUAUCUCAAUCAUGUAUCUGCAGUAGUGAUUUCUUUGACAUUGUUGAACUCGCUAAUUUAAAUGGGAGAGUUGGUGAUGAUGUAUCAUUUGUUAGAGAGCCAAGUGGGCUGGAGGCUUAUCAAUUAUCUCGCCCAAUCACUGUAUCAGCUAGUAAUAGUGACUGGAUCAAUCUCAGCAAGAGACUCCCUAACAGUGCUUAUUUUGCUCAUAUUGAUAGUAACUACAUUGGUAAUGUAUUUGUGUGGUCAAUCCAAUCCAGCAGUGUCAUUGUUAAAAUGGAUAUAGAGAGAGAAGGGACAGAACAUCAGUUUCUCAGUAUACAAAUAUUAGACAGAGAACCAAUCAAGUUUCAGUUGCCAGCAACAAACUUUGAUUAUCGGACAAUUGGACUGAGAAUAGCUUAUGGUUGUACUGUGACUGCUUUUGUUGACUGCUAUGAGUUAACUUCUACUGAUCAGUCUGAUUUAAUUCAUGGGAUAAAUAGCACUGAUCAUGUUACUAUUUUUCAAUCAGCAUCAUCAUCUAACAUGCCAAAGGUAUCAGAGCUGAUUAUUUCCUCUGUAGCAAGUUUAGGAGUUAGGCGUUGUGAUAGAAUUAAAGUGAAAGUCGGAGCUGACAAACAGGGUAUGCAAGGUGUCACUGGGCCAAUUGGUCUGCCAGGACAAAAAGGGGAAAAUGGUGAAAGUGGCAUUCGUGGUUCUACAGGGGAACCUGGUUUGCGUGGAGGACAAGGACUUCCUGGUCCUCCUGGAGCAGCUGGUACUGAUGGUGAUAAAGGUGAAAUGGAUAAUGAAGGGAUGAAAGGAGUUACAGGGGAAGUGAGUCCUCCUGGGAAUCGAGGUCCUACUGGUGAUGCUGAUGAUAGAGGAAUGAAUGGUACAAUGGGAAUGAAAGGAGAGAAUGGAAGUAGAGGAGACAAUGGAAUGAUCGGGACACUUGGAGACAGAGGGAGAAAAGGAUUUCAGGGAAGCAAAGGAAUAGAUGGAAAGGAUGGCAAUAGGGGAAGAAGUGGACUACCAGGCCCAAUAGGAAUGAAAGGAAUCAAGGGUGCUUUGGGAGAUAAAGGAGAAAAUGGUGAUAUUGGAAUGAAAGGAGAGCUUGGUAGUAAAGGACCACAAGGACCAUUAGGCAAAGGAGGAUCACCUGGUCUUAAAGGAAUAAAAGGACAGAGUGGUGUUGAUGGUGAUAAAGGUGAUAAAGGAGAGAAAGGAAGGGAAGGAGGACCAGGAGUUAAUGGAACUAAAGGACUAACAGGAGAGAAAGGAAUGAAAGGAGAGAAAGGUUCUAUUGGACUACAAGGAAGCAAAGGAGAUACUGGCACUAAUGGAAGAAAUGGUAGCAUUGGCCUACCUGGAAUUGAUGGUAUUCCUCGUAUGCCUGGUUCCAAAGGAAUGCUGGGUGGACCAGGAAGAGAAGGAUUAUCAGGAGCAAAGGGUCAUCAAGGACAAACAGGUUUAUCUGGAAUUGAUGGGGUGCCAGGUGUUGCUGGAAAACGAGGGCUUCCUGGUAGAGAAGGUAACAUUGGUAUGUUAGGUGAUAGAGGACAAAAGGGACAAACGGGCCCAAAAGGAAUGAAAGGUAAACGUGGCGAUAGAGGGUUACACGGGCUAAAUGGUACUAGAGGACUUAAUGGAAGUGAAGGGAUUAAAGGAGUUAAGGGAGAAGUGGGUCCUCCUGGGAAUCAAGGUCCUACUGGUGAUGCUGGUGAUAGAGGAAUGACUGGUACAAUGGGAAUGAAAGGAGAGAAUGGAAGUGGAGGAGACAAUGGAAUGAUUGGAUUACCUGGAGACAGAGGGAGAAAAGGAUAUCAGGGAAACAAGGGAAUAGAUGGAAGUAAUGGAACUGAUGGAAGACGUGGAAAACCAGGCUCUGUGGGGAACAAAGGAGCUAUUGGAAAUAAAGGAGACAAUGGAACCGAUGGGAUGGUGGGUAUGAAAGGAAUGCCAGGUAGCAGAGGACCAAUGGGUCCACUAGGACCAACUGGAUCAGCUGGAUUUCAUGGAAUAAAAGGACCUAGUGGUGGGAUUGGUGAUAAAGGAGAAAAAGGAUAUAAAGGAGGACAAGGAAUAACUAGAAACAAUGGUAUUACCGGAAUCACAGGAGAUGUAGGAAUGAAAGGAGAAAGAGGCCCUGUUGGGUUUAAUGGUGAUGAAGGAAAUAUCGGCGAUAAAGGAAUGAAGGGCUUGCCUGGACUAAAAGGCCAAAUGGGUAAUACUGGUCAUAUUGGCGGUACUGGUGAUAAAGGAAUUGUUGGAUCCAGAGGGGACAAAGGAAUGAUGGGAGACAAAGGUGACAUGGGGGACAUUGGACCAACUGUAAAUGGAUCAGUGGGACCUAAAGGAUUUAAGGGUGAGAAAGGGGACAAAGGUAACAGAGGACCCAAAGGAGGCAUUGGUUUUGAGGGUCCUAAAGGCACAAAAGGUAUGAAUGGCCCUCCUGGUGACGGUGUCAUUGGAUCUAAGGGUGAGAUGGGUCCAUUUGGAGAUCCUGGCUCUAGAGGAGAUGAUGGUGAAAUUGGUAUGACUGGUGAUGAUGGUGAUGAUGGUGAAACUGGUUUUAAAGGUUUUAAAGGAAUGACUGGAGAUCGUGAUGCUCGUGGAUUGAAAGGUUUUCCAGGUAUGAUCGGUGAUGAUGGCAAUGUGGGAAGCCAUGGAGCAAUUGGUCCAGCUGGUAGUAUUGGGUCAAAAGGAAAUACUGGUCCUCCUGGUGGUAAAGGAAUAAGAGGAUCAAUUGGUUCUACUGGUAUUAUUGGAAAUAAAGGAAUGCAAGGAGUAAAUGGAGACUUGGGUAUGAGAGGAGAUGAUGGAGAACCAGGAGAAAAAGGUUUUAUGGGAAAUAAAGGAUAUAGAGGUCUUCGUGGAAUUACUGGAGCACAGGGCGGCCCUGGAACAAAAGGAGAAACCGGUAUCAUUGGUGAUAAUGGUGAGACUGGUGUGCAGGGAGAUAAUGGAACUAAAGGAGAUGCUGGUCGUGUUGGAAAGCCUGGUCCAAAGGGAACUGCAGGAUUAAUAGGAUUUACUGGAAAGCCAGGACCAAGAGGAGAUACUGGAAAUACGGGACCACCUGGCAAAAAAGGCUUGAUUGGUGGUGUCGGGCAAAAUGGAGACAUUGGUGAUACAGGUUUGAAAGGAUCAAAAGGCAUCACAGGUCCUAAAGGAGUAAACGGGUCAAAAGGUGAUAAUGGAAGUACUGGAAUGGAUGGAAGAAUAGGAAAAAUGGGCUUGCAAGGAAUGAAGGGUUGGGCAGGAGAUCAUGGUGACAUUGGAAACAUUGGAGACCCAGGAUUUAAUGGGAUGCCAGGUCGUGAUGGUGAUAAAGGAAUGCAAGGUAACACAGGCUCAAAAGGAAAGAAGGGCCCUUUUGGAAACCUUGGGUCCAAAGGAAUAAAUGGAUGUAAAGGUAACACUGGGAACCCAGGUGACAGAGGGCGGACAGGUUUGAAUGGACCUGGGGGAAAGAAAGGACCACCUGGAUUAAAGGGGCAGUCUGAUCAUAAAGGAUUCAGAGGAAUUUUAGGAGAAAAAGGAGAAAAUGGUUCAAUGGGUAAUACUGGUAUUACUGGAUCAAUGGGACAGAAAGGUGAUAAUGGUAAUAAUGGAAUCGUUGGGCCAUUAGGAAAAAGAGGACUCCAAGGAAAUACUGGUCAAAAAGGCUGUCAAGGUGAGCCUGGAAAUAAGGGAAGUAAAGGAGACCAAGGAGCUUUUGGGUUUAGAGGAAAGAGUGGAUUGAAUGGAAGAAUUGGUCCUAGUGGAAAAGAUGGACAUCCUAGCCCUCCUCCACUUAGAGGUGAUCCUGGAGAUAAGGGUGAGAAAGGAUUUAUUGGUUCACCUGGUCAGAAAGGAAAUGUUGGAUUAAAAGGAGAAAAUGGAAUGCCUGGUGCAAAUGGCCAUUCUGGUCCAUUGGGUGAUCCUGGUAAUGAUGGAUUGCCUGGAGCUAAUGGAUCAACUGGACCACCUGGUAAAAAUGGCAUUACUGGAUCUAAAGGAGAUAUGGGAGAUCAAGGAGAAAGGGGAGAAGAUGGGGAAGUUGGAUUACCUGGAAAAAGUGGAGCUACUGGAAUGAAGGGACCACCUGGAGAAAAAGGCUCUUUUGGUAUUAAUGGAACUGAUGGUAUUCCUGGACACACAGGUGAUAAAGGGACAAACGGAACAACUGGUGAUUCUGGUAACAAUGCUACUGAUGGUGAAAAAGGAAUGAAAGGAUCUAUGGGAGACAAAGGUCGUACUGGCAAGCCAGGACCAGUUGGUGACUCUGGUUUAAAAGGCUGUAAAGGUGAUUUAGGAUCUCAAGGCGAAAAUAAAACUGUAACUGGUCCUCCUGGAGGACGAGGUAGUCCUGGUCAAUAUGGUUUACCUGGUCAGAAAGGAUCUAAUGGGACUAUUGGAGUAAUGGGACCCAAUGGGAUUGAAGGAGAUAAUGGAGAUGUUGGAAAGAAUGGAACUGUUGGUGAAGUUGGGAUGAAAGGCAAGAAAGGUGAACAAGGAUCACAAGGUAUACCUGGUAAUCCAAUUGGUCCUCCUGGUUCACCUGGACCGCCUGGAGUAAGAGGAAGAAAAGGCCCUCCUGGAAUGAUAGGCAGUAAAGGCAAUGAGGGACCCGAUGGACCAAAAGGUGACAAAGGAGAAAGAGGGAGACGUGGAGUCAAAGGUAACUCAGGAGAUAAAGGAUCAACUGGACUUAAUGGAGACUCAUUUGGCCUUAUUGCUAAGGUAUAUCAGAAUGAAAGUGGAUUGCAGCAGGAAGAUGGUCAUGAGCAGGGUGACUUGGCUUUUAAUCUGGAGAAUCAGAGUUUAUACAUUUAUGUCAACGCCACAACUGCCUUGAGAGCAUGUUCUGACUUUAUCCCUGGCCCUCCUGGUUCUCCUGGAGAACGUGGCUUGCGGGGAAAACCUGGAUCAAAAGGUGAUAAGGGGGCAUCAGGACUGCCUGGAUUAAAAGGAGAGCCUGGUCCAAGAGGUAGACCUGGCAAAAUGGGCCCUCAAGGGCCUACUGGUCCAGGCGGAAUGAAAGGAGAGAAAGGAAAUGAAGGAAUGAAAGGAGAUCAAGGUUUGAAAGGAGCUGCAGGAAAGAAAGGAAUUCCUGGCCCUGUUGGAAUGAAAGGAUUCCCAGGAUCAAUGGGGCAGAAAGGAGAGAAGGGUAAUCAAGGUGCCAGAGGAAGAUCAGGGAAACCAGGACCAAUUGGAGAAAAAGGUGAUACUGGACCACCUGGCCUAAAUGGUACAACUGGCUCUAUUGGUAGACCUGGGAAAAUGGGUCCUCCUGGUCACCCUGGUCCACCUGGUAUGAAAGGAAUGAAAGGUAUGAAAGGAAUGAAAGGAAUGAAUGGAUCACGUGGUGAUGAAGGACCACUAGGACCACCUGGUAGAAAAGGAUUGCCUGGACCACCAGGAGAGAAAGGAGAUAAAGGUUCACCUGGACCAAUAGGUGACAAAGGUGAUAUUGGUCCACCAGGAGAAAAGGGGAACAAUGGAACUAAAGGAGAUAAAGGAAGUAAAGGAAUGGAAGGUGACCCUGGACCAAAGGGAGAGAGGGGUGAGAAAGGAGACCCUGGUAUUGAUGGUAUUAAUGGCACCAGAGGACCUCCUGGCAUCGAUGGAAUGGAUGGUCAAAAUGGAACAAAAGGCAAUCAAGGUUUGCAAGGUAGACGUGGUAAACCAGGCCUCCCUGGUGAUGUGGGAAGAACUGGACCUCCAGGUAUUAAUGGAACAAGUGGUCCUAGAGGAUUACCUGGGAAAACGGGACCUCCUGGACCUAAAGGAAUGAAAGGACAGCAAGGACCAAAUGGAACAACUGGUAUGAAAGGAAUGAAAGGAGAACCUGGCCCAAUAGGGCCUUCUGGCCCCUCUGGAAGGAAAGGAUUACCUGGUCUUCAGGGUGAAACUGGCAAUCCUGGUGAGAAAGGAAACCCUGGGCGACAGGGAAAACCAGGUCCUCAAGGAAUGAAAGGCUCACAUGGAUUUAAAGGAGAAAAAGGAGAGAAGGGUAAUGAAGGCUUAAGAGGAAGAGCAGGAAAACCUGGACCAAUGGGAGAGAAAGGUAACACUGGAUUACCUGGAUUGAAUGGUACAACUGGGCCUAUUGGCAGACCAGGGAAAAUGGGUCCUCCUGGUCCUCCUGGUCCACCUGGUAUGAAAGGAAUGAAAGGUAUGAAAGGAAUGAAAGGAAUGAAUGGGUCACGUGGUGAUGAAGGACCACUAGGACCACCUGGUAGAAAAGGAUUGCCUGGCCCACCAGGAGAGAAAGGAGAUAAAGGUUCACCUGGACCAAUAGGUGACAAAGGUGAUAUUGGUCCACCAGGAGAAAAGGGGAACAAUGGAACUAAAGGAGAUAAAGGAAAUAAAGGAAUGGAAGGAGACCGUGGACCAAAGGGAGAGAAAGCUGAUAAAGGAGGUCCUGGUCCUGACGGUGACAAAGGGGAAAGAGGACCAAAGGGAGACCCUGGAGCAAAAGGUAACAAAGGAGACCGUGGCCCUAAAGGCAAUAAGGGAGAAAAGGGCAUCAAAGGAGACAAAGGAGACAAGGGAGAUAUUGGACCACCAGGUGAAAAAGGUGGCAUUGGAGAAAGAGGAGAAAAAGGAGAAAAAGGAAUGAAGGGUGAUCAAGGAGAUGUGGGUCCCAAGGGAAAUGAUGGUCCCCAUGGGCCAGUUGGUGAUCCUGGGCCUCAAGGUCCUUGUGAAAAGGGCAAUCCUGGACCAAGAGGAGAUAAAGGACAAAAAGGAGAAAACGGCCCAGAGGGACGCAUGGGACCUAAGGGAUUGAAAGGAAAGAAAGGGGAAAUUGGUAUGCGAGGACCUAUGGGAGAUAAAGGCCCUCCAGGAAAUGAUGGGCCUAGAGGAUUUCCAGGAGACAAGGGAAACCAAGGUCCAAAGGGAAACCAAGGAAUAACUGGAAGAACUGGAAAGCCUGGAAGGAAAGGUUCAAAGGGAGACAUGGGUCUUAAGGGAGAGAAAGGUUUAAAGGGACUCCAAGGAAGAUUUGGUAAACCAGGUUUGCCUGGAGCUAAAGGUGAGAAAGGAAUGAAAGGAAGCAUUGGUUAUAAAGGAGAAAAAGGAAUGAAGGGUUGCAAUGGUAGCAUUGGUGACACUGGGCUGCCUGGACCCAGAGGACCUACUGGAAAACAAGGUUUACCUGGAGAUAAAGGUAGCAUGGGCAGAAAAGGAGACAAAGGGCCAAAAGGAGAUAAAGGAGCAGUUGGACGUACUGGACAGAUUGGUAAAAUUGGCCCCCCUGGAAUGAAAGGAAUAAAUGGAACAAUGGGAAUAAAAGGAGUGAAAGGAUACUCCGGCUCUAGAGGCUCACCAGGAAUGAGAGGUCCACCUGGUCCCAAAGGAAUGAAAGGGGAAACUGGACCGAAAGGUGACCAAGGAAUGAUAGGAGAAAAGGGAAUGAUGGGAACAAAAGGAAUAAAAGGAAGUACUGGUUUACCAGGUGCUAGAGGACUUCCUGGAUUAAAAGGAUUGAAAGGAAACAAAGGUAUAAAAGGUGAAAAGGGAGCAAAAGGUUUUCAUGGAAUUAAUGGUACUGAUGGUGUCCCUGGAAGAAAUGGUAGCAUUGGUAUACCAGGUCAUCGUGGUUUACCAGGACAAAAGGGAGAAAAAGGAAGUCCUGGGUUAAAAGGAGAUAAAGGCAUUGUGGGAGAUAAAGGUGAAAGAGGACCAAUUGGUAUUCCUGGAUCUCGUGGAUCCCCUGGAAUGAAAGGAGAUCAAGGAUUAAAAGGAGAAAGGGGUCCUACUGGAGAAAAAGGUUUUAAAGGUCAAAAAGGAGACACCGGUAUAAUGGGCACUGAAGGAAUGAAAGGUGUCAAAGGUGACACGGGAAUAAAUGGGACUCCUGGAGCAAGGGGAUCUCCUGGACUAAAGGGAAUCAAAGGAUUUAAAGGAACCAAAGGAAUAAAAGGUGCUAAUGGUACUAAAGGUGUUGAAGGUGACCCAGGUCGAAGAGGUUUUCCGGGAAAAGAUGGAUUACCUGGACGUACUGGCCCUCCUGGAAAAGAUGGGGAACCAUGCAUGAAAGGACAAAAAGGAGAAAAAGAGGAAAGAGGAGAGAAGGGAAGUAAUGGUACGAAAGGAGACAUAGGACCUCCUGGAAUGAAAGGGGAAAAAGGACAAGCAGGAACUGAUGGAGAUAAGGGAAGGACAGGAAAACCAGGAUCCAAUGGAAUACCUGGAAUACCAGGAAGAGCUGGACCACCUGGAAACAAGGGAAUGAAAGGAGACAAAGGCUCCAAAGGAGAGAGAGGAUUACAAGGAGAAACUGGAAGAACUGGACUCAGUGGCUCAGAUGGUCCUAAAGGAGAUAAAGGAGACGUAGGAGAAAUGGGAACGCCUGGUAUUAAUGGUACUGAUGGUUCAAAAGGAGAUAAAGGAUCUAAAGGUGAUAAAGGAAUGAAAGGAUUGCCUGGACUCGAUGGAAUGAAAGGUGACAAAGGGAUGAAAGGAUCUCCUGGAACAGUUGGAGGAAUAGGAAAAACAGGCCCAAGAGGAGAAAAAGGAGAAAAGGGAAUGCUUGGUGAUCCUGGUUUACCAGGAAAUGUAACUGGAAUAAUGGGUCCAACUGGACCAAAAGGAUUAGUAGGACGUCAAGGACCACCUGGAAAACGUGGUCAGAAAGGUUUUAUUGGACCUCCUGGGCUAAAAGGCAUGAAAGGAAUAAAAGGAAUGAAAGGAGAUGAUGGAUCUCAAGGAUCUCAGGGUAUGAAAGGGGAAGAAGGAGAUCCUGGAAAGAGAGGGCUGCCUGGAGAUCGUGGUGGAUUGCCUGGUCCACAGGGAGAUAUAGGGCCACCUGGGCCUCAAGGCCAUAAAGGGAUCAAAGGUGACAGAGGAAUGACUGGUCCACCAGGUUCAAAAUGUCCCCCUGGACCGUCAGGAGACACUGGCCCAAAGGGAUAUAAAGGUGACAAAGGAAGUAUUGGAAAUAAAGGGGAUCGUGGUCCACCGGGAAUGAACACGAUGGUGUUUUAUAAUGAAACACAGUUUCCUGACUGUGGGCAAGAUACAGAUUAUGUUCAUGGAACGAUUAUAUUUAACUUAGAAAACAAGAACUUGUAUGUGUGCAUUGAUGGAGUGGGCUGGGUGAAGCAUACAUGCAACUUUGCUUCUAUGAGAGAAGAAAGAGAUGUAAGUGUUACUGGCAAUUGGCCACAAGCAAAUAUUGAUUUACUGGGAACUGUUAGUGACUCCUUGUCAAGGAAAAAACAUCAUUAAUAAUGUACAGUAGACUGUGUGUUAUGCAAUUGUGAUUAAUUUGAAUUUUAUUUUAGUUAUAUGAGUGAUUUUGACAAUCUAUAUA